AUGAGGUACACCGUUUGCAUACGUGACCUUAUCUCUUCAAGUCAUCAAGCAUGCUCGUUGUGUCAGUCUAAUGAGGGAAACUUGGAGCUAAGAUACUAUACCAACAAUAGAGAAAGGUUUCAAAGCAUGACAGUGAAUGAAUUAUUUCAUACUGAGUGCUCAGAAUGCUCGAACAUCCAAACAGAUCCCCUUUGUCAGUUCUGUGCACAUAUGAGGCUAGGACACCUUGCACGAUGUAUCCUCGUCUCUAAAUACGACGCAAAAUUACCAAAGCAUAGACGGUACACAAGGAAUACCAAUUUCCUUGGGGGUUUCGAUUUCGAUUUGGGAACUCUGAAAGAUGUUCAAAAACGAUCUACGUCUUGUCAGACCUGCGGAACAUUUGCCAGCCAUGCAACCUCAAUAGCAAACCAGAAUCGACUUCCACCGCAGACAAUGAUCAGACUAAAAGUGAGGUUGGAUCCCGGGGUAAUCAGAGGUAUCAAAUAUGAACUGGUGAUCGAGUUGUCACUUGAAUCACUUGAGGCUUCCCCUGUGGCUUUUACCCAUCGGAAGGCAACUUUCAUCGGGGCUGCGGGUGCACUAUGGGGAAAAAAUCUGAUAUCUCUGCAAAGGCCAGAGCCGCAAGUAAACUGGAACAGGGUUAUCACUAGGCUUCAAGACUGUGCAGAUGGCACCGGUCAUGAGGUAUCCCAUCAUCAUGAAACAUAUGAAUUACCAGUGGAAGAAUUUCGCGUCAUUGACACCCAUAAAAGAUGUGUCAUAUUUGCUCCUCAAGACUGCAAAUACGCCACUCUAAGCUAUGUUUGGGGUAGAGGAGGUGACCUCCUACAAGCAAAGCUGGGUAAUAUUGACGACCUAAGCAAGGAAGGAUCUCUUGCAGAUGAUAGCUGCUUGCCAGCAACAAUCAAUAACGCAAUAGAGGCAUGUUUAAGCCUAGGAAUAUCAUUUCUCUGGGUUGAUCGACUUUGCAUAUUACAAGACGAUGAGCCAUGCAAAAAGGCAAUUCAGCUGAAUGCCAUGGGCAAAAUAUACAAUCAGUCAUAUCUAACUCUAAUUGCUAUGGCAGGAAGUGAUGCACAUUACGGUCUUCCCGGAACAAAUGGACAGAGGCGAUCCCCACAAUGGACAGGUCAAAUACAGGGAAUAUACCUGCUUAAAGACAUUGACGCGUACGAUAAGAUUUGUCGAUCCUCAAAAUGGCAAACUCGAGGAUGGACAUUCCAAGAAGCAAUUCUUUCACCAAGAUUACUAGUAUUCACUGAUCAAGGGGUGUUUUAUCAUUGCCAUGGGAAGACCGCACUCGAGGAUGAGGACUGUCCAGAUCAUUACUUUCCAUUUUCAAAUGUCCAAAUCCCAUGGUCUAAAUAUCCGGAUUUGUUAGGCGAAUUCACAAGCAGGGAUCUUACUUGCAAGUCUGAUAUCCUCUUCGCAUUCUCGGGGAUUUUGCACUUCCUUUAUGGACAAAACCAUCAUUAUGGCCUGCCGUUUAGUGACUUUAGUCGGGCUCUUCUUUGGAAGACUAAAGAUGGAAAUUAUCCUAUGCGAUAUCAAAACAUGCAAGAAACGUUUCCAUCAUGGUCUUGGUCGUCCGUUGAUAAUGAAAUACGCCUCUGCCCUAGAAACGGCCAAUGGGAGAGAAUUUCUGUAUCGCUAGCACAAUUUGCUAUCCCGUCCUCCCAGGAUAGGCACACUCAAUGGAAAGUUCUUCAAAGUACAUCAACAGAGCCCCAUGAGCUAGAUUCUCGGCAUUUCAAAGAUCAUAUUUUGGCUUGUCUUGCUGUACUAAUAGCCUGGAAGGGAGGGUGCUUUCCGGGUAAGCUUCCGGAAGCUCUUGAUGCCAAGGUUACUUGGGAAGAAUAUGAUAAUAUCAUUCGCAGGAAAUGGACAUCGCUUGCCCAGAUGGGUGAUGAAGCAUACUGCAUGCAAGAAGGCCUCCUCUCUGUGAGCGACCAAGAGGCAAGGUUUCCACUUAAAGCCCAGCAUGCUUGUCGAGAUGGAUGCAUCCUUGUUUAUACCCAGUCACUUCGGCUUCGGAUGAAAGGCCCUGAAGACUCCCUGGGCUAUGUCAAGCUUCUCGAUCGAGGUGGCAACAUGGUUGGGUGGCUAGAACCUACUUCCAUCAACUGGGAACGCCUCCGUCAAAUUCCUGAUUGGAAUAAUGGAGCCAAAUUCGAUGCCCUGGCUUUGUCCUUGCAGUACGAGGCAAAAUAUACUUAUUCGUACCCCGCAACUCAUCCUGCACGAAGCUAUGGUCGCGACGUUGCGAACUGGCGUGACUCGAAACAAAAAACCAUCUUUAUAGACGACCACAUCGGUUGCAUCAGUCCCUACGUCGUCCACUUGGUCACUGUGAACUUGAUGGUUGUUGAGUCAGAAAACGGCAUCAGGAAGCGCGUUGCACUUGCAGAGGCUGCUCUGAAAACCUGGAUAGAGGCAAAACCCCAGUUUCACACCUUUAUUCUUGGAUAG